AUGGCUGACAUCCCCGAUGACGCCGAACAACUGUCCCUAACGCAGCAGGAAGCUCUCCAGCAGUACGUCCAGGUCACCAACAAAGAGCCGAAGGAGGCGAUUCCUUUGCUGCAAAGGUCACAAUGGAACGUUCAGAUCGCCAUUGCCAAGUUCUUUGACGGCGAGGGGCCUGACCCCGUGGCCGAGGCUAUGGCCGCCCAGAACGUUCCCCGGAUGACAGCAAGGCACGAGAACCUGCAAGAAAGCCUCGUGGCUGGGGCCUUCUCCUCCCCAUCGCAGCCAAAACAGCGGACAGACGCCGCGCCGAGAAUCGUACCCCAGCCGCCGAUGGCACAUCGCACACCAUGGCUUUUGGGCCUUCUCCUCGCCCCAUUCGGCUGGGGAUGGCGCGCAGCUUCGACGCUGUUCAGGACGUUUUGGUACAUUCUGUCCUUCCUGCCGGCGUCAAUCCGCCCCCGUGCAGUGACGAGCCGCAUGUCGUCCGGGUUCAAGGACACGAGCGGUCGUCGAAUGCUGAUGCCACAGGAUACGGCCGCACGGUUCAAGCGCGAGUUCGACGAAGAGUAUGGGCCUAGCGAUCUCCCCUUCUUCGAGGGCGGACUGGCCCAGGCGCAUGAUCUAGCCAAGAAGGAGCUCAAGUUUCUGCUCGUCCUUCUCUUGUCUCCGGAGCACGAUGACACCGCGUCCUUCAUUCGCGAAACGCUUCUUGCGCAACAGGUCGUAGACUACAUCAAAGACCCCGCAAACAACAUCAUUCUUUGGGGAGGCAACGUGCUGGACUCGGAAGCAUACCAAGUAGCCACCGAGUACACGUGUACCAAGUUCCCCUUCUCGGCACUCGUCUGUCUCACGCCCAAGGAGGGUAGUGCCCGGAUGGGAAUCGUCAAGCGGCUUGUCGGCCCCAUGCCCGCAAGCACCUACCUGUCGGAGCUGCAAAACUCGGUUGAAAAAUACGGCGCCGACCUCGACGGCGUCCGGGCAGAGCGCACCGCCCAACAAGUAUCCAGGAACCUCCGCACCGAGCAAGACUCGGCGUAUGAGCGCUCCCUGGCCAUCGACAGAGAACGCGCCCGCCAGCGAAGAGAGGCAGCCGCAGCCGCAGAAGCCGCCGAGUCGCUGGCGCGGGAAGAGGCGCACGAGGCCGCGUUGCUUGAGAGCAAGCGCAGCCAAUGGAAGAGGUGGCGCGCGGCCAGGCUGCUCCCCGAACCAGCGGCAGGCGAUAGCAAGGUGGUACGCGUGGCCCUCAAGAUGCCCCAAGGAUCGGGGGCGGGUCGCAUUGUCAGGAGAUUUGCACAGGACGCGCCGGUGGAGGAGCUGUAUGCCUUUGUGGAAUGCUACGAUAGGCUACGUGCCCGUGAGGAAGGAGCUGACGACGACGCCGUUGCCAACGACGGCCAAGACUGCUCUACGGUGGAGGCGCCCGAGGCGUACGAGCACAAGUACAUGUUCAGAAUAGCCUCGACGCUGCCGAGGGUGGUCCAUGAGCCUAGCACUUCGGCUACGCUGUGGGAGAGGAUUGGCAAGUCGGGCAAUUUGAUAGUCGAGGAGGUGACGGGUGGCGACGACGAGAGCGGCGAGUGA